AUGCCACAUAGUGACCAAGCCAGAAGAAGAAAAACCUUGUUUUCAAAUUCAGUGUAUCCCAAGAACCACGACGAAGCAGGUACGUUCGUGUGUGAAAAAAACAAAACCAUGAGCACCCAGACCAAUUUCAAUUCUUCGACAACGGUGAAUUUAGGUAAAUCGCCCAAUAAGGUGCAAGUUUACAGGGAAACUCAAACCCAGACCAGCAAAACUGUGAUAUCAUUAGAUUGCCCCAAAAGCAGUGUUGGUGACUUCUCCCCUGACAGUUUGAGUCCCAGAUUCGAUAACUACAAAGAGGAACUGAGCCCUAGAAGCAAAAACGAUAAAUUCCCUUUCAGCCUUCACAGUUUCCGCAGCCCUAGGUACAACUUUGGGAAACAACGCGAUGAUAUAACUCCACAGCAGAGCAAGAGAAAUCAGGAGUGUUCGACGAACCCAGAAGAUUCGGCUGAUAGACCACUCCAGCUUGGUUCCAACCAAGGUUUUACUGUAAAGGAAAAAAUGACCAAAGGGCAGAACGCGAGCAGUUCGAGACUUGCUUCGUCAAGCAAGAAACUUCUUACUCCUCGAGCACUAGAUCCAUCACCAGUUUAUCUAGAAAGUAACUUGGAUAAGGAAUGUGAAACAGAGAAAGCGACCAAAUGUUGCGGGGACGUGUUAGAUCCUCAGCCUACUGGGAGUAAACUCAGCACUGUACCAUCACACAAGAGGAAACAGGCUAUCAAUUAUCUGGACCAGUGCGAAGGUUGCCACCAGUGCGAAAUGUGCGAGAAAAGACAGAAGGAACUGAUGUCUGGAAACGUCUUGACGAAAACGUUCUUGGAGAAGAAUCGUAGCAAGAUACGAGGGUACUCGUAUUCUGACAGAACUAACUACGGUAGCAGUAAGCUGAAGAGUCAGUCCUACGUGGAGAGUCUCCAGUUAUCCAUGGAAUCACCUCGCAUGCGUGGAAAAACUAGGAUACCCGUAGCAAGAACAGCCAUGAAAAAUGCGGAUGAAAAAUAUACGGAGUGUACGAGGCCGCUUCAUAAUCUUUGCCACCCGUCAUUGGCGAGCAACUUGGACGAGAUCUCGCAGAUGGAAAUGAAGGCAAAAAGCUACUCUUUCAUGUCUCCGACGAUUUCCAGCGAGCGUAAAGACAAGAGCAUCGAAAUCAAGUGCUUGGGGAAGCUUAUAUCACCGACUCGAAGAGGCAGGUCCACCAGCCCAGAACACGAUUUCAAAGCCGGCGAUGCUGGUAAAGUUCCCUACAUCGACAAAAGUGACAUUACAUUUGACAAAACCAGGAAGGAGUCCAAGCUCAGCGUAAAAUCGUCUUGUAAUGAAACAGCUUCCAAUACCUCAACUGGGUCUACGGAAAAUGCACUUUUCCAGGCGAUCGGAAAACUCAGAGACGAAAACUGGAAUACUGCGUUGCGAGGCCUAGCCGAGGUAGUAGAAAUAUGCAGACUGGUAGAUUCUGAAUUGGUUUUUCCUCACAUGACGAUCAUAAAUCAGAGACUGGUCGAGCUGAUCAAGAGUCCCAGGUCACAUGUUUGCAGGACCUCCUGUCAGGCCGUUGGACACCUUUUCGAAUUCAUCAAAGAUACAAGAAGACCGGAGUUCGACGAGCUGGUAGACACGCUGCUUUGUAAGUGCGCCGACUCCAACAAAUUCAUCCGGCACGACGCCAACUUAGCCCUCGACUGCAUGGUGACGCACAUGCCGACCUUCCACUCGGUGCGGGCGGUGACGUCCAAGGCACCCGAUCACAAGAACCCUUUGGUGCGCACGGCGGCCGCCCGGCUGCUCGUCUGCGCUUUGGUCCUGCACGGGCCGCCCAACGUGCUGCACCCGCAGAGCAACGAGUACACCAGGCGCAGGGUGGUCCACAACAUGGUCAAGUUCAUGGAGGACAGAUACGGGGACGUCAGGAAGUAUGGUGAACGGAUCUACAAAAUGCUGAAUAAAGACAGGACAUUCGAGUUAUACCUGAAUCGAUAUCUCGAACGAGAUGUUGUUAACAAACUGAGGCAUACGUUCAGGACAUGA